AUGGCCAGGUUGGAUGUCACAGAGGUGUUUCAUGGUAUUUCGUUUCCUGGACACCUGCACACACAGGAUUCCUUGCAACUGGCUCUCAAAUUUACGUUUAAGGACACGGAUAUCCUAAUAGCGUCUUAUCCAAAGUCAGGCACUACAUGGAUGCAGGAAAUAGUGACUCUCAUAACCAGCAGAGGGGACCCACACUUGUGCCAGACUGUCCCAAACUGGACCAGAGCUCCAUGGCUGGAGCAACACUAUUUUGCCACCCUGCUGGAGGCUUCAUCCACGACACCGCGAGUCAUCACCACACACCUGCCUCAUCACUUGCUGGUCCCCGUCCUCCAAGGCUCCAAAGCCAAGGUCAUCUACGUGAGCAGAAACCCUAAAGAUGUGGUGGUGUCCUUUUACCAUUUCCACAAAAUGGCCAACUUCCUCCCUGAGCCCGGUCCCUUUCCGGGGUUUUUAAACCGAUUCCUGGAGGGAACUCUGCACUUUGGCUCCUGGUUUGAGCACGUUAAAGGCUGGACCAGUCACACAGCAGCUAUCAACAAUCUGCUGCACAUCACCUAUGAAGAGAUGUCACUGGAUCUCCGUGGCACCGUGAAGAGGGUGAGCUCUUUCCUACAGUGUCCCCUGGUGGAGGACGAGGUCAACAACUGUGCGGAGCACUGCAGCUUCGGCAGCAUGAGAGACAACAAGAUGUCCAACUACACCCUCAUCCCUGAGGGAAUAAUGGAUCAUAGCAAAGGCGCCUUCAUGAGAAAAGGUGUGAUUGGAGACUGGAGGAACAUGUUCACGGAGGAGCAGAAUCAAUAUUUCGACAGCGUCUUCGCCUCAAAGAUGCAGGGAUGUGCUUUAGAGUUUGUGUGGGCGAAGUCGAACGGAGAGGAGACGCCCUGAAGAACAAAUCCUGCAGCAGAACAUGAAACUGUGUUAAUGAAUUUAAGAAUCCUUUUUCCUUCUUCCUUCUGUGGUUGUAGUCGCCCUCUAUGUAAACUAAUUCAAUACAGCUCAUCUGUUUCUAUGUCUGCAGCCACCUUGCUCAUUAACGGGACCAUUUGUUAAGAAGCUUGCACAUCUCGCACCCAUUGAGUGCUCUAAUGGUUUAUCAUGAAUAUCCUAAAUCAUUUCUUCCCUUAUUCCAGAUCAAGUGCCGCUUCUGGCCCAAGAUAUUUGAAAAACAAAAUGAAUUAGCAGCAAUGCAAGUGCCCCAGUAAUGAGCAGAGGGGGGCACGGUGAGGCUAAAGGUUUUCAUAAGAAGCUCCUCAUCUUGUGUUCUGAAACUUCACACGUCCAGAGUAAAGUGUUUCCUUUCAGCCUCCGUUCACUGGAGUGCUUCUAAAUAAUCCCGCUGAGUGUAUGUACAGAACACAGCGAGGCCACUGCAUCAAGAACAAAGUG